UGCCAGCGUCCUCGAGAUGGACCCACUGCGCAUGCACACUUGGGCCAGCGGCCUGCGCAGACGCGGUGGUCAGCUUCCGGUCGCCAAGGUGGGGCCAAGAGCACUCGCCAUGUCUUGCUACAGCCGCCCGAAGUACAAGACAGGGGACCUGGUGUUUGCCAAGUUGAAGGGCUAUGCCCACUGGCCAGCGAGGAUCGAGCACGUCGCUGAACCCAACCGCUACCAGGUCUUCUUCUUCGGGACCCAUGAGACGGCUUUGCUCGGCCCCAAGCACCUCUUCCCUUACGAGGAGUCCAAGGAGAGGUUCGGCAAGCCCAACAAGAGGCGAGGCUUCAGCGAGGGGCUGUGGGAGAUCGAGCAUGACCCAAUGGUCGAGGCCUCCCCUUGCCUGUGCUCAGAGGAGGAGCAGCCCUGUGAUCAGGAUCCGGGGCAAGGGGAGGAGCCGGAGCCCGGGCAGGAGCCGGAGUCUGGGCAGGAGCUGGAGCCUGAGUCCCGACCUGGGGUGGAGCCCCGGCCUGAGUCCCGACCUGAGCUGGAGUCACAGCCGGGGCCUGAGGUCGAGUCUGAGCAGGAGCCCGAGCCACAGCCUGCCUAUGACCUGCUGGACGCCGUGGACGAAGAGCCAGGCCUUGCCGAGUACGAGCCGGGAGAUCAGCAGGCCGAGCAGGUGGGAGAGCAGCAUGCUGAGGCCGAGGCUGAGGCCGUAGAGCCAGGGCGUCUGAAGAGGAGCGCGGGGGAGCAGCUUCAUGAAGCCCCCAAACGGCCAAGAGAGGCGGCGCCCGGUCCGCUGGAGAUGGAGCCGGCUGGAGAGCGCGAGGAGGCUGAGGCCUGCCCCAUCGUGGAGGAGCCCGAUGAAGCCCAGGAGCAGCAGCCUCCUCUGCUGGAGGAAGAGGCCACAGAGGAGGCGGUCCAGGCCCUGAUUGUUGGAGAAAUGGAAGGCCUGUAGUCACGGUGUCAGUAGAAGAGCCCUUUACCCGUUCCUGGUACCACCUGACUGUGACUGCCGAAACCCACUAGGGUUCAGUCCUCACCCCAGUCCACAGCUCCUUCAUUUACUCACCUUCUCCAAGCCCGAAUUCCUGGGAUGGGUCAGAUAGACCGCUUGACAUCAACUUUGUGCCUUCAUUCGCGGCCCCCUUCCCUCCCUAAACUCUGAUGGGCAUUUUAGAUCUCUGCCUGGAUACCAGGAGUGAAGGGAUGGAGGAUAGAGAGCAGAAACGAAUUUCAAAGGUCUGGGAGGGGCAGUGUGUAAACUGGUGAUGUUGAUACUUUGGGGUCAUGAUUCUAGUCUCCCCAAGUCCCUGUCUCCUCCUCCCUUAGCUCCAUUCCCAGUGGUAUAGGUUUGGUGGGGGAGGGACCAGUAAAGUUUUCUGUUGGCCUAGGCAGUUUGGAAGUUGAUGUUCUUUGUUUUGUUUUUCAUUAAAACAUUUGGGGCUCCCAAGUUGUAAGAUCUGAAGACUUUACCUGUCCUUUUGGAUUGAAGUGGUGAGACAUUAUCCUUUCCAUAUAUCUCUUGGACCACUCCCUUGGGGAGACCUCUGCUGCCCCUCUCAAUUCACCUUGGAGCCCCAAGGCCUUUGGUCAUAUAUAUCACUAGAACAUAAGACUUUAGGAAUCACCUUUGUUUUAAGAGGAAUUUUAUUUUAUUUAGAAAAACCUUUGCUUGUGCCUGCUCCUAGUUUUUCCACGACCAAUCUCAUUGCCAUAUGAACCAGGAAUUCCCUUUUGAUUUGGGAUUUGAUGACCUUUUUGUUGUUGGGGCCUUUCUUUCCUUGUGAUGUUAUUUCCAUCUACAUGUACCACCUGGGCCUCUCAGUGUUGUCACCUGCUGCAAAAUGUAAUGAGCUGAGAAGUUGAGUGUCCCUUCCUAACAUCUUGUCUCUAUGUACCUUUGUGCCUGGACCCUUUUGUCCCUGCCCUUUUCCCUCGGGCUCUGAUGAAAAAAAUUAACUAUACUUUUGGAGAUUUAGGUCUGAGAACCGUAGACUAUUUCAGUUCUAGGAAAUAAAACCGUUGAUUAUUUUAAAACAAA